AUGAGUGAAGCUACUUUAAACAAUGCCACAAAGGCUGUUAACGGUCAAGAGGAAAAACCGGAUACUUUCGCGGCUCAAAAUGACGAGAAAUUGAGCACAAACGAUAACGUCGCAGAGGUGGAUGGAUCCAAGAAGAAGAACAAAAAAAAGAAGAAGAAGACCAAUAACAUCAAGAAUAUUGAUCUCAUGUUCCCCGAUUCGAAGUUCCCUGAAGGUGAAUGGAUGGACUACCAUCAAGAUUUCAACCUUCAAAGAACUACAGAUGAGGAAAAGCGUUAUUUGGCGAGGGACCAAGAAAAUGCAGAGAGAUGGAACGACAUGCGCAAAGGAUCUGAAAUUCACCGUCGUGUCCGUAAAAACCUGCAAAACAAAUUGAAACCCGAUAUGAGUCUCACAGAUGUGGUGAACGUGGUUGAAAAUGCCACCCGCAAGUUCACCGGAGUAGACGAAAACGGUGACCACAAGGACCGUCCCAAAUCGCAAGGUAUUGGGUUUCCUACCGGUGUGUCUUUGAACCAUUGUGCAGCUCAUUUUACGCCCAAUGCCGGCGACCAGACCAUUUUGAGAUAUGAAGACGUGAUGAAAGUCGAUAUCGGAGUGCAAGUUAACGGAUAUAUCGUGGACUCUGCAUUUACGGUGGCUUUUGAUCCCAAAUACGACAACUUGUUGACCGCAGUUAGGGAGGCGACUAACACGGGUGUGCGGGAAUCUGGAAUUGACGUCAGACUCACAGACAUUGGCGAGGCUAUUCAGGAAGUGAUGGAGUCAUACGAAGUUGAGCUCAACGGCGAAACGUAUCAAGUGAAACCCUGCAGGAACCUUUGCGGUCACAACAUCUCGCCUUACAAGAUCCACGGCGGGAAAUCCGUGCCGCUGGUGAAAAACGGAGACCAGACCAAAAUGGAAGAGGGCGAACAUUUUGCAAUUGAGACUUUUGGGACCACGGGACGCGGGUACGUGAUAUCUGGCGGGGAGGUCUCACAUUACGCUAAGAACGAGGGCUCAUUCCCCACUCCUUCGCUCUCUAAGGCCAAGUCUUUGCUCAGGACUAUCGACGAAAAUUUCGGCACUUUGCCCUUCUGUCGUCGCUACUUGGACCGUUUGGGAGAGGACAAGUACCUAUUUGCACUCAACAAUCUGGUCAAGCACGGAGUAAUUGAAGAAUAUCCACCUCUGAGCGACAUCCAGGGCUCAUACACUGCACAGUACGAACACACUAUCUUGCUACAUCCACAUAAGAAAGAAGUGGUGUCAAGAGGUGAGGAUUUCUGA